UCCCGCGACGCUGGUUUUAACCGUGGCUGCUUCAGGGACUGAGCACUCUGUCAAGUGUGAUCGCACUGGUUACAAUCAUCCAAGCAAACAAGUGGAAGAACUGCACGCGCUUUUCGGAAUUUUCAUCUGCCAGACACAUUGCAUCUUUACCGCAGAAACCAUGCCUGUGACCAGGAUGAGGAUGAAACAGUGGUUGGUGGACAGGAUUGAAUCAAGGCAAAUUUCCGGAUUAAAAUGGGUUGACAAGGAAAAAAAGGUGUUUUGCAUUCCCUGGAAGCACGCCGCUCGCCAUGGGUGGGAGAUGGACAAAGAUGCCUGUCUUUUUAAGCAGUGGGCCAUCCACACAGGGAAGUACAAGGAGGGAGUGGGCAGCCCAGACCCCAAAACUUGGAAGGCCAAUUUUCGCUGUGCAUUGAACUCCCUCCCUGACAUCAAGGAAGUGAAAGACAAAAGUAUAAACAAAGGCUGCGCGGCCGUCCGUGUGUACAGGAUGCUACAGGGGGUCUUGAACAAAAAAGAGACGAAGUCGAGUACAAAGGAUGGCAAAAAAAAGAACAGGCGUGCCAAAGUGGUGAAGGAUAAGGUCGACCAUCAAGACAACGAUGUCCCCAGCACGAGGCUGGAUGACAGUUCGAUGCAAGAGGACACCGUGGACAGCACUCAAAACCAGUCGGGAUCUGAUCUUUCACCAUCGUCAUAUGGAAAUGAGGAAGAGACCACGGCAGACUGGAACAAUUCUGUGUCGAAUUCAAGAUUCAAGAUUCCACUGUUCCAAGUUUCGCCCAUCCACUCAAUAGAUUUCGACUACCUAGACAAUGAAGCAGCUCUCAUAGCGUUGACACAGGAGAUCGAGCAGGAGCAUUCACUAUUGCCUCAGACCAACACAGGCAUGACGGACAUAUGGAACGACUUAGACUAUGUGGCUGAUCAUAGAUAUUUCACGGAGCUCACCACAAAGAACAUCUGGUCCUAUUGAACUACCAGGAUCCGUGGGUCGCAGGCAUUAUCUCCAGCCACCUGUCGCCAAUCUCCUGCCCCCUCUGAGUCACCUUGAGACAGGACACUUGUACAUACGUGCGUGAUCUUACUCAUGUUCGCUGACUGGGGUCGCUGGACACUCCCCACGCGAGUGGACGUCUGAACUUUUGCGCCCUCCUGUCUUUGAGCGCUGUGCACCUUGCACACGGGAAGGAACCAAGUGAAAAGGAUUCUGUAGCUACUCGUUUUGUUCUACCAUGUCUAUGUCACACUCGAGCUUGUACAGCUCCAAGAAACUGCAUUGUGUGUGUGUGUGUGUGUGUGUGCGUGUGUGAGAGAGAGAGUUGUUUGAAGAUGGUGACAUGCAUUUGUUUGUAUUGUUUUUUUUGCAUGAAGACACUUUACUACCCAAAACAUUUAGGCAAAGGAAUCAUACAGCAUAUAUGCAGUACCAUUUUUGAAAGUCAAAAUUAAGUGUGGGUGAACGAGCAGAUGAUUUAAUAGCUUGAUAUUCUUUACUGAGAAAAAAAAAAGCAAUCCGUUAUGAACUUCUCCUGGUUUAUUUUAGUAAAAUGUUUUCAUUUGCUGAAAGCAUGUCCCGCUUUAAGCGCAUAGACUACCCAUGUCCUCUGAGUGGUGGAAGGUCUGUACUCCUGCUAUGUUGUUAUAUAUGUACAUUGGUGAAUGUGUAAAUAUGUAAAUUGGUUUUGAUACAAAAUAUUAAAAAAAUGUGUAUAUAUAUAUAUACAAA